UUAUUGAUCGAGUAUUGCCAUUGAGGCGGGUAUUUGUCUGAAACAUUUUAGUUUUCCAAACUUCCGUGAGAAGUGAAUUAAAUUUAGAAACACACGGCACGCGAAGGAUAUUUGACGUGAUUGAAAAAGACAAGACGUGAUCCAGUCAUGCGUUGAAUGUUUCUUGUUUCGUCGUUGCACAAACUCUGCACAAGAAUACAAUGUUAUUGUCGUCUUAAACGAUGUACAACGGAGAAGAUAUUAUUCACACGACUGAAAGUGCAAAUCUCUCGGUCGCCACAGGAUGGUUGAUUCUGUCCAUUGCUCUCGGCUCAAUCCUGACCUUCACGUUUUUUGCUGCGAUAUCAACAUCAUUUUACUGCUGUCAAAAACCCAGCAAGAAUGAUGACAAAGAAACGAAGAACCUUAUUAAUCAAGGUAAUCCUGCUCAAAAGCUCUUCUUCCCAAAUGUACCUACAAGCGUCUAUCCGACCACACAGUCCAUUUUACAACAAGAAGAGAAUGAAGUCAUCGACUCACUAACCCCAGCAUAUCGAGAAUUACCGAGCACCCAUUUUACUUACAUAAGUAGUUUUAACGGGAGCAUAACCACUGAUCAAACCAGCUCAUUUGGAAACCAACAAACCACGGUAUAUCCAAAUAGCACUCAAAAUUCAAUCCUUCCUCACACUUCAUCAGAUCAACUAAGUGCACACUCUGCUGAAUCUUCAGAGCAACUCCAAAGAAAGCACAGACAAAAAAAUGGAUUUUCAAGCAAAAUUAACCAUAUCGAUGAUAGCAGUCUAUUUAUCCAUACGACUAGUUCACCUGAUGACCCUACAACGCUGCAGGUUCCCUCACCAUCCCAACAUCACACUACCAACGACAGUAGCCUAUCCAUACAUAUCACCAAUGCAUCUGUAGAUCCCCAAAUGUGCAUCACGUCAGCAACAAGCGGGAUAAUUACUGAGGAAGAUCUAGGAGUAGAAGCCGCAAAUGAAAACCCAGGACAUAUUCUUGAGCCUGCCAUGAACAGGCCGGCAAGUAAUGACCAGCAGUUAAGUGAAUCUGCGAUGAACGAUGUUCAGUUGAAUAAGCCUGCAACAAAUGAUCAGCGGUUAUGUGCAGACGUUAUCGAGAAUACUCCAUGUAAUAUUUCAUGUGAUCAAGUAACCAGCCAUACUGAAUGUAUUGCUAAUGAUAGUCAUCGAGGUGCGAGUAGUUUUGGAGGGCUCGAGUUAAGUCCAAAAACAAGGGCAUUUUCACCCGAUUAUUACGCAUUGACGUUCAGAAGAGAAGGAUCAGGGCUCUCGGACAUCAGUUGUAGUUCUGGACGAGGUGCCAGCGCAUUUGCAAACAAUGGUAAGCGACGAAAACCAAUAAUUGUGAGCCCAGAUUGUGUGACUGAGGUGAGAGGGGCAAGUGCGUUUGAAAAAACCUCGGAGAUUCAAGCAUCUCAACCGGAAACUUCUCAUCCCACGGACGAAACAAAUACUCCUUCAGACAUAAAUUCUACCAAGGAGUUUAUAUUAACAUCAUAUAAUGCAGCAAAAUCUGAGGAUAUAUCUAAACACAGUUCUAGUGUUAGUACACUGAUCGCAAACUCUGCUCAUUCUGAAGUUAGACAUUCAAGCUCUCCAAAACAGGAACCUGAGAGAAAGUCUGUUUAUGAAAACAUCCUCUUCGAACAAGAGACACGAAGAAACUCUCAAACAUCAAGAUCAGUUAACAACAAGGAAAACGAAAGAAAUUCCUCAAUAUUGAUCCUCAGAAAUGUCGAAAGUGCAAGUGGGGAAAAAGGUAUUCCUGAAGAACAAAAUAAACAAUGUAAUAUAACAUCCUCUUCCGGGACCACCAUAGCUAAGGACAAAGAGCCAAGUUCUCGUUUUACUCAGACUCCCUCUAAAGCCAGAAUUGAUACAAACAGAUACAAACCAAACGAGUUCAAUUCAGAGCUAAACAGUUGUGAAAGAAUGCAACACAGAAGAUCUAUUACUCUGACUAACAACCACCAAAGUAUAACAUCAAAUUUCUACCGACCGAGAACUUAUGAAAGAUCAAAAACACAGCAAAAAAGUUCAAGUGAUUAUUCUGCACCAAUCAAAAUACCUCAAAAUGUAUCAGCUCAUACCAGUGAUCCAAUAAAAGGGGGAAAACGCGGUUUACUCAAUUUAAAUGGUAGUCACCAGUCCUUGCGCGGAGCAAGCCAGCUCGGUUGUUAUGGAGACGAGGUUGAUGGCGUUUGCUCUGACAGCGAUGCAUGUUGGGACAGUGUUAGUUUGAGUUUUGCUUAUGAAUCGGCAAGUGACGAGGAUGUCGCUUCUCAUUGUGCAUUUAAAUAAAACUAAACAAUUAUUGGCACGAUUGACUUUUCAGAGCUAAACUUAUUCUUAUACCGCCCGUAAUUCAAUGUCAAAACUCACAUCCAAAAGAUGAAAUACAUUUUUU